AGGCAGUACUUUUGGGAUCCAAAAUCCCACAAUCCCAAACUUAUUUUCCCAAUUCACUUCCUCGAAAAAAAAUGUUUGGCAAAGAGAAAAACCCCUGUUUUCUUCUUGCCCUGUUUGUCAUUCUUCUUUCAUGUUUUGUAGCUGAAAUUCAUGGGAAGAAGCAGUCUAAGGCUCUUGGUCAUCUCUACAGGGAGAAGAGAAAGGGAAGUAAUUCCAGUGUCGAUUCGGGUGUUUUCCGGGGAACUCACAAUGUAAAUGCGAGCAGGAUUCAUUCUCAGAAGGGAUUGAAGGAGAAAGACAGAAUUGUGAAGUUGCCUGGACAACCAGAGGUUGAGUUUUCACAGUAUGGAGGGUAUGUUACAGUCGAUGAAUCUGCUGGGAGGGCUAUGUUUUAUUAUUUUGUCGAAGCUCAACACUCUAACGACUCUCUCCCUCUCCUUCUCUGGCUCAAUGGAGGGCCGGGAUGUUCAUCCCUUGGUUAUGGAGCAAUGGAAGAGCUUGGACCGUUCCGUGUCAACAGCGACGGUAAAACACUUUACAGAAACAGAUUUUCUUGGAACAAAGCUGCAAAUGUCCUGUUUCUUGAGUCCCCAGCAGGGGUCGGGUUUUCAUACUCGAAUAGGACGUCCGAUUACCAAAAGAGUGGUGACAGACAGACUGCGGAAGACAACUUCGUCUUCCUGGUAAACUGGCUGGAGAGGUUUCCGGAGUAUAAAGACAGGGAAUUCUACAUUGCCGGUGAGAGCUACGGCGGACAUUAUGUUCCUCAGCUUGCACACACCAUUCUCAACCACAACAAGAAGGCCAACAAAACCAUUAUAAACCUCAAAGGAAUAAUUAUUGGGAAUGCGGUGAUCAACGACCAAACAGAUACGGAAGGAAUGUUUGAUUACUUCCACAGCCAUGCUUUGAUAUCAGAUGAAGUGGCAUUCACUAUAAAAAAGUACUGUGAUUUUUCACCCAAUGCGACCUCCCUGUCCAGAUUCUGCUCUGCUGCUCUUGAUGAGGCUGAAGAGACCUUCCAAGACCUCGACAUUUACAACAUCUAUGCUCCUCUAUGCACCCAAGAAAACCUCACAAGUCGCCCUCAGAAGCCUUUGGCGAUUUUUGAUCCAUGCAGUGAUAAUUAUGUUUCUGCUUAUCUCAACCGGCCGGACGUUCAGGAGGCCCUCCAUGCCAACGUCACUGGACUGAAAUUUGACUGGCAACCUUGCAGCGACGUUCUUGGAAAUUGGCAAGAUAGUCCAUCCACGGUCAUUCCUCUUCUGAAGGAGUUCAUGGCAGCCGGACUCAGGGUCUGGGUGUACAGUGGGGAUAUAGAUGGAAGAGUUCCGGUGACUUCAACCAGGUCUUCCAUUAACGUGAUGAAGCUGCCGGUGAAGACUGCUUGGCAUCCUUGGUUUCUCAAAGGAGAGGUCGGUGGCUAUACUCAAGUUUAUGGCGGAGACUUGACAUUUGCGACGGUGAGAGGAGCGGGACAUGAGGUGCCGAGCUACCAACCGAGGAGAGCUCUUUCAGUGAUCAAGCAUUUCCUGGCCGGCACACCUCUGCCGGGUGCUUCACAAAAUACCUGAUUUUCUGCUCUGUUUCGUUGGGGUUUUGGGGAAGUUUUCUGAAUUGAUUUUCUACAUGAUUUCUCAACUGAGAAGUAGAGAUAAUUCUAGUUGAAAGAUUGAAAUCAUAUAUAUAGUCCAUGAUUGAUCUCAAAAUCUGGAAAGAAAGCAACAAGAAAUUC